GUACGAAAUGUAACGUCAGUGAGCACCAUGGUGUUGCCUUCACUCGGUUCCUUCUGUAUUUCCUUCUGUAUUUCCACCUUCCUAUGACUUGAAUUCCUUCAAGAGAGAGGUUUCAAGACACAUAUCCUUCAAUUUUUGACUACCGCUUUGGACCCUUUUCUGGGACUGGCAUCUAAGUGUCAGUCAUGCAGUUCCUUCAAUUGUGGACCUUUCUCAUACGCCUACGCCACCCAUGCCUAAAGUGCCCACCUCGCCUGCAGGGACUAGGCAGAAUGGUGUCACGAGUGCAGGAGUAAAAGAGUAAACAAGUUUCUACAUAUGAGCACAAUGAUGUGUAUUUUGUCUGAUUUGUGAAUGUUUUCCUCCAAUUCCUGCUCUGCACCACUACAGUCUGCCACACCACACCAUGGAUGCAACAGCUGGCAUCCAUGAAGAGGAGAAUUCACAGAUAAUCAAUGCAGUAGAUGAUGGAGACAUUGCCCAGUUCAGGGAGGCACUUGCCCGUGGAUGUGAUCCCCAUGUCACUGUGAAAACAACUCGUGGCUCCUCAUCCUGCCUUCUUGCUGUGGCUGCCAGCAGGAACCAUGUGUCCCUGUUGCCACACCUGGUGGAGCUAGGCUUGGACUUGGAAGGAAUUGACCCCACAGGGCGCACGCCAUUGAUGGAAGCUGCCAUUUUUGGUCAAACAUCAGCAGUGAAGAUGCUGCUAGAAUUAGGUGCUGAUCCACUAAAAGCAGACAAAAACUUAGGACGCACUGCUCUGCAUUUAGCUGCAUUAUGGGGCCAUGAAGAAACUGUAGCAGUCCUCUCCCAAGUCACUCCAGUCACUGUCUUGGAUCAUGAUGGUAGAACACCAAUGCAUGUUGCAAGUGAGGCUGGCCAAGUAGGAGUGCUGAAGCAAAUGAACAGUCUUGGCUGGUCCUACCAUUCAGAAGACAAGGAGGGACGAACACUACUUCACUGGGCUGUGUAUGGGAGAGAACUGGACACUGUGCGGCAUCUGGUGCUUGUUGCUCGCCUCGACCCGCUGAAAAAGGAUGUAGAGGGAAACAGUCCUCUGAUGUGGUCUGUAUUGUUUGGCUACCAUACAAUAGAGAAUUGGCUCAUCAAACAAAGUGGCAUUUUAUCCCUUAACAUCAGUCAAACAUUGGAACUUAUGAAAUUACGGUCUGAAUAUGAUGAAAAUGCAUAUUACCGCAUCAUAUUAGACGUUGUGAAAGGCAAUCUGGCAAACUUGAACAAUUUGCUUCCGGAGAGUCGUGAUGGUCACCUGACAGAUGAGAGUGGCCGCACUCCGCUCCACUGGGCAGCAGAACUCGGACUGCUCAACGUGGUGGAGAAAAUGCUGGAUCAAGGCCUCAAUGCUGGUGUGGUGACCUAUUCUGGACUGACACCAGCUGACCUGGCAUACCAGGCAGGCCAUGUCCUUAUUGGCCAGGUGUUGGAGCAUGAGCAGCGGCUGCAGGAAGAGUUGUCUGCUGAGGAGCUGUAUGGUUCUCUGCUCCUGGCCAUCAGUGAGAAGGAUGAUGUGAUGAAGGUGUCUCAGCUGCUACACGCUGGGUGUCCCAUUGAGCCCACCGGAUCCUUGUCCCUCACUGCACUCCAGCUGGCCAUUUCUCUUGAUCGCCGCAAAAUUGUCAAUCUCCUGCUGGCAAGAGGAGCAGCACUUACUUCCACUCUGAAUGGCCUCAACCUGCUGCAGCAAGCAUGGCGCAGUCCUGAUGUCACACCAGGCAUCCUCAGUGUCUUAACCAGGGCUUACUCCCGCCGUCUGCAAGUAGAAAAGACUCAGCUAAAACAUUGUGGACCUGAAGUUGUUGAAAGCAUUGACUUAAUAGUGUCAUGCAUUGAGGGGAGUACUCCAUGGAAAGCUCACUGGCCUGGGAGCAAGACUGUAGAUCACACUCUUCUUUCCUCCCUCAUGACAGAGGCUGCCCGCACCAAUUGUCCAAUAACAGCAACCUUCCUGCAGCAGGCUGGUGCGUGGCCCUUCUUCAGCGGGCUGCAGGCGACCAGUCCUCUCCAUGCAGCACUGAAGGCUGGACACUGGGGCAUGGUGGACAUGCUUGUCAGGGACCUGGGGGGCUGUGUGUAUGUGCCUGACAGAGAGGGUUGCCUGCCAAUAGACUUGAUACCCCAAGAACAACAACAGCAGCUGGAAAAAAGGCUUUAUGAAAAUGAGAGAGGAAGACUGGAGAACCUGGAAAUACGUGAAAAGGAUGAAAGUGGAAAGCAGGAUGUCAGGAAGGUUCUGCGUCUUCAAAAGGCUCUCUUCACUCGGUACACACAAGACAGAAAGCGCAAGCGGGCUCCUGCAGCAGGUGUCAUUGGUCUGCUGUUGGGAUCCCGCUAUGGACUCCUGCAGCUGGUGCACCUGCUGCUGCAGGUAGGUCGUGUGCCUGUGGACACUGUGGUGGAUGCCAGCAGCAACACCACUGCCCUACACCAGGCAGCCGCUUACGGGAAGUCAAGUUGUUCAGCCCUUCUGCUCAGUGCUGGUGCUGAUCCAUUGUGCCUUGAUAGGUAUGACCAGACCCCCCUCCUCCUGGCAGGCAUGUUUGGUCAUAAAAAUACUUUUCAUCUUUUAUCACAGUAUUGCAUUCUAGACCCACCCUGCAGAGAAGUUAAAAGAGCCCUGAAGACCAAGAAAAGCUACACUGCCUAUCUCCGGCAGUACAGUAAGAUUGGGCGUAGAGGAAGAGAGGCAUUGACUCCAUUUGAUCAUAAAAAUGCAACUCAAGUUACAUGUAAAAUUCUUAAAUCUGUUCAGCCACAAGACCUAUUUCGUGACAUUGAGUGCCUGCCAGUGAACUUUCUUGAGGGUGAAGCUGCAGUGGUGAAGCGUGUUGUCAUGAAAGAAGUGAGUGUUAUGAUGAAUCGAGUUGCAGCUUUAUACAACAUUUACAGAGGUACCCUUAGGUUGGUAGGCAGCUCAUAUGAUGGUUCAAAACUUUAUGCUCCAGAUGAGUUUGACAUCAAUAUUGUCAUUCAAUCUAGUAACAUAAACAUUACAGUAGAGGAGGACAAAGAAGAGACAAAAAAGUAUGGAGAGACUAAACUUAAGAUAUCUUUGUCCACAGAUGACCCUCGUCUGAAAGGCAACCAUCUGAUGUAUGAUCUGUAUGAGGCAUUACAAUACUGUCUCUCUGCUCAUCCUUUUGAUGAUGAAAGGUUAAGUCUUGUGCCACCUGGUCUUACCAGGACACAGGUGGGAGUAGCAAUCUCCUUGGCUUGGCAAGGUACAGAAUAUCCUUUGCUACUUAUUGGAAUUGAUUUAGUGCCGGUAUUAGAGGUUCCAUGGCAUAAAAAGAUUAAGAGACCACCUUUAACUGCCCCUGAAGUCACUGUAAUGCACAUAAGCAAUACUGUUGAUGGAUCUUGGCGCUGUAGCUUUGCUUUGACUGAGGCUGAGGUGAUUCGAAAUCUGGCCUCAGAUGAACGGCUGGUCCAGCUGAUGGGCAAAAUUCUGCUUUCUGGCCUCAAAGCUGAUCCGUGGAUGCCCCGUGAACGCAAAGCUUUCUGUACAUGGUGGAGCAGCCGACUGUGGCAGAUCCCAGUGCCCAAUGGCUUCUGUUUUAAGAAUGCAGUUCUGAGAUGGGUUGAAGAAAAGCGAGCUAAGAAAAUUAAAUAUCCCAAGGAGGAUGCUAUUAAGCAGCUGGCAACUGUCUUUAGAAAAAUGUGCCAACAGUCAUCAAAGGAGUUGUUGCCCAAGAACACAAGUGCUUACUUUGGAGGAGAGUGUGAGGGUCAUAAACAAGGCACUGGAGCUCCUCUCAUUGUGCAGUGCCUCACCAAGAUGCAUAGACGGUGGCUGUGGAAGAGAAGGAUGGCUACAAGGAAGCAUGAAGAGGGAAAUGAAAUUGUUGGCAAAAUUAAAAAGAUCUUAGGAAAAUUAGUAUUACAGAGUUUUAGAGAAGUGCUGGCUAAGCAGGGAAUAUUUGGAUUUAUUUUCAAUGUUUUUUAUUUUUAUUGUAUGUGACUUGUAUUUCUAAUAUCUGAAGCAGUAUGUUGCUUUUUCAGAAGUAGGGAGAUGCUUGUGUCUGCAAUACAAAGAACCUGAUAUUUAACACUGAAAAUUCAGAUUCAUUGUUACCUCUUAUAAAGAAAUGAAUGAAUAGAUAAUUAAGGUUGUUCAGGUAAAGACUCAGGAUCUACAUGCCUUCCUUGCUGCAGCACAAUCCACACAGAGCAAGUGAUGAUCUCACCUGUUAGCUCAUUUUGCCAUUAGCAGCAAAUGUUUCAAGUUAACAGCAACUUCCUUAGUAAAGUGAUCUAUAGAGAGAGGCUGUGAUGUCACAGGGUUGUAAUCAAAUGUGUUGAAAGUCAACUGCCUCCAAGUUGGUGUUAAUGCAUGAAAUUAUUUAGAUUACUUAUAUUAAUAUUUUCUAACAGAAAAACAUAAGUUUGUGAGUAUACAAAGCAUUUUCUUAACUAAAGUAACACAUAGGACAACAUGGCUGCACUGUUGCAGCUAUAGUGGAAUCAUCUUGGAGCAUGUGUUCAUCUCUUGACAUCAGGCUUGAGCUGUCCUAUGUGGUGGAUGUUUGAUAAGUAAACUGCUAUUGAUGACAAUAUGGUGUUAGAUGAGAUGGGUGUAACCCAAGUCCAGAUCUCCUUAUGAAAAGGAAUGUUUAAAACAUUUAUUUAUCACUUGUAUUUGUACAGCAUUGAUUUGGUUUAGGACUUUCAAGAUGUAGUAUAUUACUGUACUAGUUAGUUAGCCUUUCUGAAGUAAUAGCUAUUCAGGCAAAGGUAUUGAUUCUAUAGAUGAACUUUAAGGACAAUUACAAAAUAAUAAGGUGUCAGUAUAUGAGCACAACAGCUCCUGCAGUCUUGCAGUCUGUUCCAGAGGACGGGACUUGCUUGGUAUGUAUCCUAUCUUCUUCUGCUUCCCUGUUCCUGCCUUGUGCUCCUCAUCAACUGGCUUUUUUCUUGACCAAGAGUCUAAACCAUCUUCUGGUGCAGCUCUGCUCUAUAUGCAUACACACUCCUGCUUCAACCUAGAAUUUAAACAACCUUACUCCAAUGCCACACACACACACACACACACACACACACACACACACACACACACACACACACACACACACACACACACACACACA